CUGCUAAAAUUGUUGAAUUGUUCCAUUUUGUUUAAAAAUUACGAAAAUUGCCAAUGAUCUGGACGCCAGAGCAUGUGGAUCUCCACAUUGACCUCCUCAAGACCUCCACCGAUCGAACGGUCAUCUACAAAUGCCUCGUGAAGCUGCGCACCGACCUGGUCAAGGACAAAAAUGGAAUUGUUUUAUUUCGCACAGCUGGGGGCGUUCACAUCAUGGUGCGGCUGAUCACCAAGCUGAAUGAAAAGAUAAUGGAGGUGGUUCUGAGCAUACUGGGCAACUGCUGCACCGAUGAACAGGCCUGCAUUGAGGCUGUUGAAAGCAAGGUGAUUCCCCCACUGGUGACCAUUCUGAAGACCAUACCCAAUCCGGUUAUCCAAUGCCGCGCCUGCCGCUUGCUGGGCAAUCUGGCCAAGAGCAAGAAGGCCUCCCAGUAUCUCAAUGUCCACUAUGCGGCCAUUGCCCCGGCCAUUUGCCACAUUAUCGAGUCCACCAGUGCGGUGCAGACCCGCAUAAUGGCAUUCCGCGUCUGCCGCUUCCUCCUGGCCAGCAGCCAGUUCCUCAAGCACUUCCUGGUGGCCAACGGAUUCCUGCAGCUGAUGCGCAUUUUCCUGGCCGUGAUGAAGAACAACGAGGCGCCCAAGGAGCCCGUUCCGGACAUUGAGGUGUCCACGCUGAUUGGCCUGAAGAGGAACCAGCACCGCGAGAAGUAUUUCGAGGAGGUGGCCAGGAAUUUGGAGGGAGUGCGCAGUGACAUCUUCGACUAUCAGAUGUUGAAGAACUCCACGAGGAACUGCGACUAUGCGCUGCCAAAGGAUAACGAGACGGCCGUUGAGUUGGCUCUGGAGAUUCUAAAGUGUCUGGUCUUGAUAUCAGCUCAGCAGAUUGGAAUGAAGGCUUGGGAGUCCAUUUCCCGCAACACCUCGCUGGCAUCGAUUGUGUGUUUCGUCAAGGAAGACGGCGAUCAGCGGGCUCCCGCCUUGAAAAUCCUCUCCAACUUCUGCAAGGAUCCCUGCGCCUUCUACAUGCUCAGCACGGCGGAUGCCAUAGUGGCUGCCUGUGAGAUGCUCAUGGCGGUCAACAUGGCAAAGCCCCUCAACGAGAGCGAGAGCCGGCAUUGCAUUAAUAUUAUACUGACGUUGUCCACGGAUGCAUGCAGUCGCUCGAAGAUCCGAAGGUGUGGAGCCCUGCGCAAGCUGGUGGCCAUGAUUCGGGACUCCGAGUCGCAGAGCGAACGGUCAUCGCUUUUUCACAUUCUCAACAACUUUCAAUAUGACAACCUGAGCAUGGAACUUUUGCUUUAUGAAGGACUUGUGCCCAUGCUGGUGAGGGAAUUGAACGAUUACCUGACCAGCGACGAUGAACAUCACAAACGUCGGCGCGAGGAGAGAUUGCAGGGUGGCAAGAAAAGAAAACUGACGGAUCCCACAACGCCAGAGACGCUAAGCAAGUUCUCGAAGACCCACGAGACCUUAGGCUCGGACUUUGACUCACCGAGCAGUUCGCCCAGGUCUUAUCGCACCACCAGUCCCUGCAGUUCGCGCAGCAUGUCGCCGGUGUGCAAAGAUCUGCUGACAAACGAUGACGACGACAACUAUUCACCGGCCUGCAGUGAUGAUGAUGAAGAUGAGGAUGACAGCACGAAUACUGGCGAUACUAGAGAACGCCGUAUAGCCGCCAAUCGUGCCCAGACUUCGAGUGUUUUGGAUAUCUUAAAACUAAUCGAUGAGGGCAGCGAACCCAUCGAUGAUCCGCUGUCCGACAAGGAAGAUCUCGAGGAGCUCAGCUCGGAUGUGCCACCUAAGCUGGCCCAGUUUCGCAAUCAAGCCGGCGACACCAUCGACAUCAUCGAGAAUCUUAUCUAUCGCAUCACGCUGAUGGUGAACAAGCGAGUGGAGCUGGGAAAGCCGGAGACGCUGGAUACUUUGAUAAGGGCAAUCAACUUGUUUGGGGCAAAUAACAAUUUUUCAAAUGCCCUGACAAAUAUUCUACUGGAGAGCCAGUUCUUUGCCCAGAUUAUCAAGCACGGCGUGGUCCAUCAGCUUUAUCAACUCACCAAAGUGGAGGAGAUGCGCAAAGAUGGCUUCGCCUUCUUGGAGACUCUGACCAACGUUGGCGAAUCCAAUUAUGGCAAGGAGGAGCUGGUGCGUCUCCUGCGCUGCGACGAUGUGAAGGCCCAGCAGAGAGCUGCCAUUUCGGUGGCCUAUAUCGUAAAGAGCCAUCGAUUGCUCUACCAGUUUCUGUACGAUGGCAAUGCACUUAGCCUGCUCUUCGAUCUGAUGCUGCGCAAGACGACCGAUGAUCACUAUGCGGAUGAGGCAGUGGAUGCAGUGACUUCCAUGGCCCGCUAUACCCUGGGCAUUGUGCUGCCGGAAGCUGAGCCUGCGGAAAGUACAGCGGGGAUUUGCAGUCAGAGGCUGAGUGAAACCGAUCAACUGCACGACCAGUGUGACAUGCGAUUCGUGGUUGGUGGAGGCGGCGAUGAUUCCUCGGUGACCAUUGGCUUCAACAAGCAGCUUCUCUGCGAGACCAGCGAAGUGUUCAACAAGAUGCUCAAUAGUGACUUCCGCGAGGGUCACCAUGGCGAGAUUCAGCUGCAGGACUACACGGCCAGUGGACUGCGCUACUUUCUGCAUUUAAUCGUGUGCCAGGAGCGGCACCUCGCGGAGCUUGAUUAUCCCGCCCUGCUGCAGGCCUACGAGAUGUCGCGGGUGUACAUUGUGCCCGAGAUGGAGGAGGUACUGCAGCAGAGACUCAUCCAGUUUCUGGACUCGCGCAACUGCCUGCGCCUGCUGGAGUGGGCGCUAAAGAACUACCAUGCCGAGCUGACGGAAACGGCCAUCAGCUACUAUCUCUGCUCCUCGCUGCCGGCGCAGGAGAAGCUGCAGCUGUUCCGGGCGGCGGAGGACUCCACCUAUGCCAGCGAGUGGUUCCAGCUGCUCAACGAUGCGGUCUUCGAGCGAUGCCGCAGCACGGGCUACUAAAUACCACUAAAUACCAGUUGUGUGUUCUGUGAUCGAUCGUCUUAACCGCCGCUUUCCAUUCCCCCUUUUGGAUUUCAGCUCGAUUUAUUAGCCAAGUAUUCCACAAUGUGCUACAAUAUGUAUAUUAUUUAAAGUGUAUAGACUACGGAUAUUAACCUAAA